AUGACUGGAACAACAGACACCAUUGUUGCUCAGUCUUCCUCUGCUAAUGCAGUCAAUUUUGAUCCAAAUAACCCAUACUUUCUCCACUCAUCAGAUGAACCAGGUAUGAGUCUUGUGAAUGCAUUAUUUGAUGGAAGAGGCUUUCAAGGCUGGAGGAGAUCAGUUCUGAUUGCUCUUUCAGCAAAGAACAAGUUGGGGUUCAUUAAUGGAACAUGCCCUGCUCCUGCUAUCACUUCCAAUGAGUAUCAACCAUGGACAAGAUGCAAUGACAUGGUGAGUUCCUGGUUACUAAACUCACUAUCCAAAGACAUUGGAGAUAGUGUCAUAUAUUCCAAAUCUGCUAAAGAGCUUUGGACCAGUCUUGAGCACAGAUUUGGAAGGUCAAAUGGAGCUAAGUUGUAUCACCUGCGCAAAGAACUAUCCAGUUUAGUACAAGGAAUAAGUGAUAUAGCAGGGUACUUAACAAAGCUCAAACGUCUAUGGGAUGAAUUAGACUCUUUAAUCUGUGAUGUUAAGUGUGUUUGUGCUUGUGUGUGUUCUGGAAAACAGAAACUGGAAAAAUCCCCAGAAGAUGAAAGACUUAUACAAUUUCUUAUGGGUCUAAAUGAUGUCUAUGGACAGGCAAGGGGAAACAUUUUGAUGAUGAACCCUUUACCUAGCUUAGAUCUUGCUUAUUCUCUGGUAUUGCAGGAUGAGAGUCAGAGAGAUAUCUAUAUGAAUCCCCUUCUCUUUGCUGAUUCUUCAUCCUUCAUGGUGGGCACUCAAGCUAACCUUGCAGCAUAA